AUGCGUUUCACCACCGUCACUGUUGCCUUCUUCGCCGGCCUCGCCAUUGCUGCCCCCGGUGCUGACCAGACCGUCUACGAGACCGCCGAGGUUACCAUCACCUCUUGCGCUCCCACUGUCACCGACUGCCCCGGCAACAGCGGUGCUGGUGUUGAGCCCACUGGCUCCACCACCCCCUCCAGCAUCCCCGCCGCUGUUACCUCCUCUGUUGCGGUCCCUGAGACCCCCGAGGAGACCCCCGUCUGGUCCUCCGAGACCCCUGCUUGGUCUUCCGUCCCCACCUUGGCUCCCAGUGCUCCCGCCCCCAGCGCUCCUGCUCCUAGCGCUCCUGCUCCCCCUGCUGUCAACCCCCCUGUCUCCUCCACUGUGAUUGCCAUCACCACCUGCGUGCCUACCGUUAUCUACUCGACCGUCCCCGUCGGCCCCAGCUCCGUGCCCUCCGUCCCCCACGGCCCCACCGGUGGUGUUCCCCACGUUCCCUCCAGCAGCAAGGGUGUCCCCACUGGCACCGCCUCUGUCUACCCCUCCACCACCUCCCCCGCCUUCAACGGUGGUGCUGCCCUCAGCGGUUCCCUCGGCUUCGCCGGUGCCGCUGCCGCCGCUGCCUUCUUCCUGGCAUAA